AGUUACAAAUCUUAAAAGUGUAAAAAAUGUCGUUAGCAGACGAAUUACUAGCAGAUCUGGAAGAUAACGAUCAAGAUGAUUUUCCUAAAGAGGAAGAAUCAGAAAUGAUGGAAACAGAAGAAAAACCAGAUAUAAACGAACUUAUUCAACAAGAUACUACCCAAAUAAAUUCAGUUCGAGAAAUUUGUAAGUUAAGAGACUCCGAAAAAUUACAAAAUAUAAUAAAUCAAAUAGAAAACUUUGGUUCAAAAAUACGAAAAGCCGGUGAUGUGAUAGGACCCGUUGAAACAGAUCCAGAAUAUCAGUUAAUAGUUGAAGCAAAUAAUUUAGCUCAAGAUAUUGAUAAUGAAAUAGUAACCAUACAUAAAUUUGUACGAGAUAAAUACCAAAAACGAUUUCCGGAAUUAGAAUCGUUAGUAGUAAGUCCUUUAGAAUAUUUAAGAACUGUUAAAGAACUUGGAAAUGAUCUUGAUCAAGCUAAAAAUAAUGAAAUAUUACAACAAUUCUUAACACAGGCUACUAUUAUGGUCGUAUCCGUCACUGCUUCUACAACUCAAGGUUCCUUAUUAUCAAAAUUUGAAAAAGAACAAAUUGACGAAGCUUGUGAUAUGGCAAUGGAAUUGAACAAUUUUAAAUUGAAAAUUUAUGAAUAUGUAGAAAGUAGGAUGGCAUUUAUAGCUCCAAAUAUUUCUGUAAUAUUAGGAGCUUCGGUAGCUGCUAAAAUAAUGGGAGUAGCAGGUGGUUUAACUAGACUUUCAAAAAUACCUGCUUGCAAUGUAUUACUCCUAGGACAACAAAAGAAGUCUCCAUCAGGUUUUUCUCAAUCGACAAUGUUGCCUCAUACGGGGUUUGUUUAUUAUUCAGAUAUUGUACAAAAUACUCCUCCUGAUUUAAGACGAAAAGCAGCGAGAUUAGUGUCAACAAAAUGUACAUUAGCAGCUAGGGUUGAUGCGUGUCAUGAAAGCACAGAUGGACAUAUCGGUAGACAACUAAGAGAUGAAAUUGAAAGAAAACUGGAUAAAUUACAAGAGCCACCACCUGUGAAAUUUGUCAAACCUCUGCCAAAACCAAUAGAUCAAUCAAAAAAGAAAAGGGGAGGUAAGAGGGUGAGAAAAAUGAAAGAGAGAUAUGCCUUAACUGAAUUUAGGAAACAUGCUAAUAGAAUGAAUUUUGCCGACAUAGAAGAUGACGCUUAUCAAGAAGAUUUGGGCUAUACUAGGGGUACAAUUGGAAAAGCUGGUACAGGAAGAAUAAGAUUGCCUCAGGUUGAUGAAAAAACUAAAGUUAGAAUAUCAAAAACGUUACAAAAGAAUUUACAAAAGCAACAAAUUUGGGGUGGAAGUACUACUGUUAAAAAGCAAAUAUCAGGUACGGCAUCUAGUGUAGCUUUUACACCAUUACAAGGAUUGGAAAUUGUGAAUCCACAAGCUGCGGAAGUUAAAGUGAACGAAGCUAAUGCCAAAUAUUUUUCAAAUACAUCAGGUUUUUUGAAAGUAGAAAAAAAGUGA